GUUUUGAAUUGAAUAAUGAAUACUACAAAACAGUAUAAUAGAAAAGAGUUGAGACGUUAUUGCAACGGAGCAGCUGAGUUGAGCUAAGGAGCGCUUUGGUUUGAUUUUGGGAGGGAAAUUUUCUAAAACCCCCCAAAAAUUGGACUCAAAAUCUCGUCUCUUCUGAAAUCUGAAUCCAUUGCAUCGCUCUUCAACCUUCGCUCCCAUAUUUCCAGCUAGUAAUUUGAUUCUGCGAGAUUAAGAAUAUAACAUGAGCACCACAGUGCACAAAACUCCAAAGUCUGGUAGACAGACUUUGUUUUUCCAGGAUUUAGCCUCGCCCGUUUCUGCCAGGAGAGGAAAGUUUUCAAGUCCGGGACAGGCAGCUGCAGUAUCUGCUCUGUGGCGUGAGAAUUUUGGUGGUUCGGACCUUCCACCUCCUCCUGUUUUCACCUUGGAAGACAGGUCAGAUUUUUCUCCUGAAUCAGGCUUACCGGAUUACCAAAUAUCCCCGGAGUCUAAAUCCAAUAUUAGGACUCCAGUUCAAGCUUCAAAUAGAGAAUUUUCAACUCCAUUGAAAAGCAAAUCCGAGGCCAGCACAUCUUAUGUGUUAAGAGGGGUGCAACAAAGCCAGCAGAGCUCACCAGGGUUGAGUUGGUGGUCACCCACAACUGCAAAGAGUGCCGGAGAACAAGAUGAAAAGGGAAGGAGUUCACCAGUUGAGGGUGUGGUUCAGCCUGGUGCUCUUAUAACUCUCCCUCCGCAGCUGGAAGUAGCAAGGCCAGAGGUUCAAAGGAAUUCUUUGCCAGCUGGGAAUCUCAAUGAGGAAGAGUGGGUGACUGUUUAUGGUUCCUCCUGCAGAUUUUCUCCAGGUGAUACUAAUUUGGUUUUAAGGGAGUUUGAAAAAUGUGGUGAAAUUUUGAAACAUGUUCCUGGUCCUAGAGAUGCUAAUUGGAUGCAUAUUUUAUAUCAGAAUCGUUCUGAUUCCCAGAAAGCCCUUAACAAGAAUGGAGUGCAGCUCAAUGGAGUCCUAAUAGUUGGUGUGAAACCCUUGGAUCCCAUGCAACGUCAAGCAUUGGAUGAACGGCUUAACCAUCAGGGAUUUAUGCCCUUACCUCUACCGUCUGCUAGAAAUUCAGAAUCAAGUACGCUGAAAGCUUCAUCUCGACCCUACUAUCUGCAGAAUGGCAACUCAAGUGCCCGGCAAACUGGAGGAGCCAUUGCUUCUCCAACAAAAUCAUUGGUGUCCAAGAUCAUGGAUUUGAUGUUUGGAGUCUAGAUGAGCUGUAAUGAUGGAUCAUACUAUAUCAUUCUGUUUUGUUUUUAGCAAUGAGUGACUCUUUCAGCUAUACAAAUGUUGUUAAGAAGUUUGGCAUGCAUUCUGGAUUUGAGUUGGAAUGUUUACUCUUUAGAUGCUAGUGAUUGGAAUUUAUUUCUUCAUAAUGUUUCAUUCUUAUUGGAUAACUAUAGGUCAAAGUCUUUGUAGCUAUGUUUUUGGAAUAUCAUAUAUUAACUACAGGUUCAUCAAUGGUUCUGUAAAGCUGGCCAUACUCUAGGUAUUUGAGAUUACGGUGGUUCUGUUAAAUGGUAAAAGGAAUGAAAAUUGUAGCCUCUAAAAUCAAAGAGGAUGCUGUAUGUGAGCUUGUUUCA